CAAACGCUACCGCGACACAACGUUUCCCCCCUCGACGUCUGGGCAGAAAAAAAGAGUGGAUUUAUCCGAUUUUCGGGCAUUAACGCGAACAAACUCUCAUACAGGACACGUGUUUGAGAGACAUACUGGGAAUUUACAGAGGAAUUAUUUUACUGUGUCGUUUUCUGGUGACAGCCAAGGCCGGAAAAGAGCCGUUUUUCCGCGACAGCUGGUUUGCGGAUUCCCCCCUGUUUGCACUUGAAGUUGUGUGUGAGCCGGCUGAAAUGAGUGGUCCAGAGGUGGCCAAGACACCGGGAGGUGGAGCUCCAGGGAAGGAGGGGAAGGAGCCAGUGGCCAAUGGGCACGCAGGAGAGGGCAACGAUGCGAACCCAUUCGCUGAAUACAUGUGGAUGGAGAAUGAAGAGGAGUAUAACAGACAGGUGGAAGAGGAGCUGUUGGAGCAAGAGUUCUUGGAGCGCUGCUUCCAGGAAAUGCUGGAGGAAGAGGACCAGGAUUGGUUCAUUCCUUCGCGUGACCUCAACAACCAGGGGGUGGGGCAGCUGCAGCAGCAGCUCAAUGGCCUGUCUGUCAACGACCACCACAGCAACCUGGAGGAAGUGGCGAGGAAGAGCAUCUUGAAUCCUGAGGCGAAGGAGUUUGUCCCAGGGAAGAAAUACUAGGAGUCCCCCUCACCCCCAUGGAGCCUCCACGCACACACAAACACAUGCAUACACCUGUCGUCACACACUCUCAGAGACUCUGGCGGCCAAGACCGCACACACUGAUUCUCACACACACGCAUGAACACACACAUCUAUACACUUGAAGUCAAUGGCGUGCUGGCAGGCCCAGUCGGGGGGUGGGGGGAUUUCUUUUUCUUUUCUUUUUGUUUCUUUAAUCUUUUUAUUUCCUGUUUGUUUCUUGUAAACUGAGGGACAUUGGGAAUGGGGUGGGGAAUGGGUGUAAUACUAGCACCGCCCUACUGCGGGGGGCUAGCUCAUCUUUGCAUUUCAGAUGACAUUGUUGAUGUCUACAGAGUAUGCAAAACGUAUUAAUGUCCCCCUAGAACUGUGGCAGCUACCAUGGAGUGAUGCCCGAAUAAAAAACUUCAGUUAAGUAUAGAAACAAAUGUGAAAAAUACUUUACAAUCUCAUUGACUGAUUUGCGGUAAAAUGUAAUAAAACAUCAGCGGUAGGUUGAAGGUUUCUACAGCAGAGAGGAAGAGAAUGAUUAACAUUUCAGGGGACUUAAUGGGUUUCAGCCACUGCUCUGUAUUUUCAUCACAGCAAGUCAACAGUUUGCUGAUGAUGUUGUCAUAAGCUCCCUAUGACAUUACAGCUUCAGUGCAUCUAAAAUGCUGGUUCCUAUUUUUAUGUGCUGUGGCUCUGUUUCAAAUCAAAUACAGACCCUACCCUCCAUGUUUGUUAUUUUUUGGUGAGAUAAACAGACAUUGACCAGCGUUGUCAUGGUGCAGAAAUUAUUUUCCCAGUUUAUGUGGAAGUCCACCAGCUUCUUAGAAAUGAAGCAUAAGUUUUCAAUCCAUCGCCAACAAAAGUUGAGCAAGGAAAUUCCUUUAGUGGGAAGGUCAGCAUUUUGUUUGUUUACAAACACACAGUUCGUUGUCUUUUUUUUUGUAUGGCUUCAUCCUUUAUUUUAAUAGCAGUUUAUGGCAGUGAACAAACUCGUGAAGGGGGUUAUUUGGUCUGGAACAAUGCCACUGCCUCUUUCUGCCGGGAAAACUUGGUUUUGUCUAGCAUCAAAUCAAGUGUCCAUAUCCAAAUCAGGUUUUCAGGUAUCCUCUCCUCUUCUAUUUUCUUCUUUCUCGUAAAGUUUUGAGGAUGAGGCAUUUGUGUCUCUACUGGGUACAGUAACCCGUGGUGUCCAUUCAGUCCUGUAUGCAGGAGGAAAUGCUGGGAGGCAAUAUUGCUGCAGCCAUUUAGAAUAAAGCAGUAUGGAUCAAAUGGCUGACAGUAUGGCUUCCUUGAUAUUUCCCUUUUUGUAGGUUGACAUCUUUGAGGAAGUUCCUCUUUUUAACCAUUAAUCAUUGUUGUAUGGCUUUCCUAGACGCAUCGCCCCAUAGUGCAAGUAUAAUCUCCAUUAAAUUGUGAGCCACUUGGAAAAAGUUGUAUAUGUAAAGAUGACUUUAGGAAACUAAUUCCAAUCAAUGCUUAUCAUGAAUUAUUGAGUAAUCUUUUAUAGUUCUCAGCCAACUUGGCUUAAAAAUGCAGAGGCAGUAUUGUCAUAAGGGAACAUUCUGAACAUUCUUAUUCAUGCCACUGUUUGUUGUGGUAUUGACAAUAAUGUUUUGUGUAUUUAACUGUAUCAGCAUUAAGUAGACACUUGUGCACUUGAAUUAAGAGGGUCUGAAAGGUAAAAUCACUUCUUUAACACUCAUUUUUGCCUGACAAGAGCUAAAGUGUUUACUUAAAGUGAGCAGUGAGACGGUCAAAUGUUGGGUAAAAUUGAACUUCCUCACACAGUGUUGGAACACAGCUGUUGAAUGGCACCCUGGUGAAGCCAUUAGGAAUGUCCGCCAGGUGGAUUGUACAACAUGAAAUCAUUUUUGGUGAUUUGUUUAGAUGAGUUAGAUGACAGAAUCCGUUUAAAAAAAAAAAAAGGUCCAGAAGACACAGAGUAUGAAUUUCAUUACAAAUAAAAAUAAUGAAAAAAGAUGAAUAAAGAUGUUAAAGACAAA